AUGUCGCCAACCGCAAUACUCCGAUAUUUCGACCCGACUGCCGCCACUGCCUCCAUGUUUCUCUAUGCCCAGGGUAACUCGGUAGUGUGCUGCCACCAUGACACCCUGACCAUAGAAAGGAGGUUCUCCCGCCAUGACGACGAGGUGCAGAUUCUGGCCGUCGACAACCAGAGUGAGAUGGGAGCCGGGAGGCUAGUGGUCAGUUAUGACGCGGGCCAGACGGCGAUAGUGUGGGACAUAAUGUCUGGUGAAGAAGUUGCACGAUUCGCUUCGUAUGAGCACCUGACCGUUGCCGCCUGGAUGAGGAAUGGCAAUGUUGCGUUCGGCAACACGCAAGGAAAUAUCAUCCUUUUCGAGCCCACAACAUCAGAGCACAUUUCGGCCCGGACCAUUGAUCAGAUAGCAGUAACAGCGCUGGCACCUUCAGCCGACUGCCGAACCUUCGCGAUAGGAUAUCAAAACGGCUCGCUGCUGAUUGCGACGCUUCAGCCGAGAUUCACAAUUUUGCACAACCUGACCACGUCAAGAGCGCCAUCUCCCAUCAUUUCACUGAGUUGGCAUGCCUCUUCCUCGCGGCAGAAGUCGGAUAUGCUGGCUGUCCAGACGAACGACGGCGAUCUGAGGGUCUGGAGUGUAUCCAAAGCUUACAACAGCGCGGACCCGGCAAAGGUCGUGCGCAUACUUAAGAAAUCGGAGAACGCCCUGGCCGGUCCCAACUGGAUGGGCUGGUCCAAAAAUGGAAGAAUCAUCCAACACGGCGAAUCCGAAACCCUGUCUUGGGAUGUGCGGACCAAGCAUGUAACAUUUGACAAGAUCCCUACUUUGGAGCACACCAAGGGACUUGCGGUGUACGGCCCGGGAGCCAGCUUAUUCACCAUCGCCGCCAACAACACCGUGCAGCAAUUUGACCUGAAUGCUCCCGCGAUGAUGGUAGCCAACGUUCAGCACCCUGCUAACUUGCUUCCUCCUUCUCCGCCGGUGUCAAUUGAGGAGCAAGAAAAAGGAGCAAGCACUGCGUCCGACUCAGAAAUGGGCUCCAUACAGAUCAGCGCAGAUAUUUCCGAGAGCGAUGAAGACCUCGCGCCGCCAAUGGCCAGGAUCGCCAGGGCUGGAAACCACCAGCUGUCGUCGGACGAGGACCAGUAUCGCACAGCAAGCCCAGCAUCAAGCCGGAGUGGUGUUUCUGAUGUCUCAUCCACCAGCUCAAGAACUCCUGGACGGUAUCAAUCGUCACUCCGAUCCCGCGGGAUGACAGACAACACCUACAUCUCCGCUGGCUCCUCCAUUCGAUCCUCGACCUUCCCACAAGAAAAGCCCAAACGUGAAAGCUCGUCAUUUUCCACGAGCAGCCUGAGUUCUGUCUCCAUGGGAUCGUCAACAAGCCGGUCUCGACACAGGCCGUCUCGUCUGCGACAUGAGAUCCCGAGAAGUCCCGAAGAUUCCAGGGUCGUGGAUCUGUUCAAGUAUACCAGAACCCGUCUCAGUGAUGUCCCGUACAAGAGGCCUCCUAUGGUCGACAGCAGCCGCUUGACAAACGACGAUCUCCGACGGCAGAUGCUGUGCACGAUCUUCGGGUGGACGAAGGAGGCGGAAGAUCUAGUGCGCGACGAGAUGGGCCGCCACCCACAAGGGACACCCAGCAGAAUCCUGCUCGCAAAAUGGCUGGGCGACAUCGACCCAGACGUCAUGGCGGCCAACGCUGAGAACAUGACCUCUUCGGACUGGAUGCUUCUGGCGUUGAGUGGCAUAGGUGGCACAGCAGCACAGCACAAGCUGGGUCUGGCGUAUGUCCAACGACUCCUCGAGAACGGUGAUAUCCACUCGGCAGUGACAAUCAUGAUUGGAAUGGGUGACCAGACUGAUGCGAUCGAGGUGUACAUCUCGCACAAGAAGUUCCUGGAGGCUUUGAUCCUGACCUGUCUCUUCUUCCCGUCAGUGUGGGAGCGGCAAGCGCAGAUCGUGAAGAAGUGGGGAGAAUGGGCUGUCCAGCAUGGGCACCAGCAACUGGCCAUCCGAUGCUUUGCCUGCUCUGGCAAGGAGUCAGAUGAGCCGUGGACCUCGCCCUCGGCACAGCAGAUGACAUUUCAGAGCAUCAACACAGCCGUGAAUCCCAGCAUCCCUGAGGUUCUUAGCCCUCCCCUGUCACCGCCUGGUCUGAACCGCGGGCCUCAACGAAGCAUUGCCAAGACAUCUGCGCUCAAACUCAUCACAUCUUUUGGCGACCAGAACUCCAAGUCCAAGUUCUUCGCAUCCAACGAUGGCGGCCAGACACCGAUCGCAGCUGGCGUCACGCCUAUCGCUGAGUCGGCCAUCUCGCCCAGGGCCGAAGACAUGACGACUGCCUUCCUCAGGCCCUCUAGCCGCAGCGCAUUCAACACGCCGACGACAGCGCGCUCGCAGACCAGCAACUUUAGCCGAGGAAGGCUCCCUUCCAUCGGAGAGAUGCCAAGCGAUGCAAAUCUGCGCAACACAGCAAAGAAGUCCAGCGCACAGCCUCCCGCCGGGAUCGAUGCCCUCACCCCGCCAAUUGACUCUCCUGCCCGACCCGGCCACAACGCCAAGAGCUCCAUGGACGACGGAUAUGCUGCCGUGGGCAUGUCACUGGAGAGAGCAGCUACAGCCAGUCCUAUGAUGAUGAAGAACUCGCACCGUAGGAAGGAGGCCCCACCGCCGUCUCCUUCGCCCGAUUCCCUGGCGAUGCUCAUGCAGAGUGGCCGAAGGAGCCGCAAUGGGCCCCGCGAGCGCAUGCCCAACGGACUCGAACUGCAGCUCCAAUCCAUGGAGAACGCCAUGGGCAGCGAUGUCACGUCGCCCGAGCAGUCGGUCACGUCGUCGACUCGGUUCCACUGGCCGACCAGACGCCGUGCCCCGCCGUCUGUUGGCAGCUCCACCACCUCUGCCUCCGCAACCUCGAGCGUUGCCAGGGGCCACCGCAGCCAUCAAGGUGGUAAGAGCCUGGACGACUACAUCAGCAGCCUUGAGGCUGCCAAGACGAAGUCCCGGGGCGGUAGCCGGGAGGGACGCAACAAGACCCGUGAUAGCAGCGCAACGCGCAAGGGCGGCUCCCGUGAGCGGUCUGGUGACCGAGGACGCACUUCCUCUCGAGGUUACACGCCCAGAGCUGGCAAGAGGUCUCCAACCUCCCCGGUCCCCAUGUCACCGGAGGAUUUGCUCAAUCUGAGCACUCCCAAUUUUUAUAUCGACCAGAUACGAAGAUCGUAG